UUCGAUAAAAACUAUCUGCGCUGCCUGGAGAUCUUUCGAGGGGCGGUGAGUUUCCUCCCAGUGAACUCCGGCGAGGGAGAGCGCUCGAGGAGUUCCUCCCGACCGAUCCAGCGCCGGCAAUGGAUCUCUCGAUCACGCCUCAGUGUUUCAGUUUACGAUCGGGGUUCCUCUCUGGCUCCCCUCUUUUGGACGCCGGAAAGGUCCGAAUCCUGCCGCGCGCUUGGUCGUCCUCGACUUCUCCUCCUCUUCCUCUGAGUAGGCGGUUUGUCGUGUCGUUCGCGAAAAUAAAUAGCUUUGCUAGACUUAGGAUCAGAAGAUUCGGAAUUCCCGCCCAAGCCUCCGCCGAUACCGCUGUUGCUGAAGCGGAUGCCGACCUCGAAUCCCUCUUCUCGGAGAGAGUUGUGGAGGAUUCAUCGAGGAAUCAAGGGAAAAAGAAGUCGAAUACUGGGGCGUCAAGCGUAUCGUCGGGGGUUAGGUUAGAAAACAUCAGCAAAAGCUUUAAAGGUGUGACAUUGCUGAAGGACGUCAGCUGGGAGGUCAAGAGAGGGGAGAAAGUGGGCCUUGUUGGAGUUAACGGUGCCGGGAAAACUACCCAGUUGAGGAUAAUUUCUGGACUGGAGGAGCCAGACUCGGGGAAUGUGAUUAAGGCGAAGGAAAGUAUGAAGAUUGCGUUCUUGAGCCAGGAGUUCGACGUUUGCCCUAGCAGGACAGUCAAGGAAGAAUUUUUGAACGCAUUUAAGGAAGAGAUGGAGGUCUCGCAGAGGUUGGAAAAGGUACAGAAGGCGUUGGAGAGCUCAAUAGAGGAUCUGUCCUUGAUGGGGAGGCUAUUGGAUGAAUUGGAUUUGCUCCAAAGAAGAGCUCAGGAUCUAGACCUAGAUGAAAUAGAUGUGAAAAUUAGUAAGUUAAUGCCCGAGCUUGGAUUUGUGCCAGAGGAUUCUGAUCGGUUGGUAGUUUCAUUCAGCAGUGGAUGGCAGAUGAGAAUGUCUCUUGGGAAAAUUCUACUUCAGGAUCCAGACUUGCUGCUUCUUGAUGAGCCCACAAAUCACCUUGAUCUAGAUACAAUUGAGUGGCUGGAAGUCUAUUUGAAAAAGCAAGAUGUGCCUAUGGUUAUCAUAUCUCAUGACAGAGCUUUCCUUGAUCAGUUGUGCACAAAAAUCGUGGAAACUGAUAUGGGAGUGUCCCGAACAUUUGUGGGUAACUACUCUGAGUAUGUGCUGGCAAAAGCAGCAUGGGAGGAAGCUCAAUAUGCAGCAUGGGAGAAGCAACAGAAACAGAUUGAGCAUACCAAGGACUUAAUAAACAGAUUAGGGGCUGGGGUUAAUGCUGGUCGGGCAUCUAGUGAAGAGAAGAAAUUAGAGAAACUUCAAGAAGAAGGACAAAUUGAGAAGCCUUUUCAAAGAAAGCAAUUAAAAAUUAGAUUCCCUGAGCGCGGAAGAAGCGGGAGGAUGGUCUUAACUAUCAAGAAUCUAAAAUUUGGAUAUGAUGAUAAGGUAUUGUUUAAUAACACAAAUCUUUUGGUUGAGAGAGGUGAGAAAAUAGCAAUUCUUGGUCCAAAUGGAUGCGGAAAAAGUACUUUGCUUAAGCUAAUUAUGGGCUUGGAGAAGCCUCUAGGUGGAGAUAUUUUUCUUGGGGAGCAUAAUGUGUUGCCAAAUUAUUUUGAACAAAACCAGGCAGAAGCACUUGAUCUUGGUAAAACUGUGCUUGAGACAGUUGAGGAAGCUGCAGAGGAUUGGAGAAUAGAUGACAUAAAGGGUCUCCUUGGUCGUUGUAACUUCAAAUCAGACAUGCUUGACAGAAAAGUUUCUCUUUUGAGUGGUGGAGAAAAGGCACGACUUGCUUUUUGCAAAUUUUUGGUAAAACCAUCUACUUUGUUAGUUUUAGAUGAACCUACCAAUCAUUUAGAUAUACCAUCAAAAGAGAUGCUAGAGGAAGCUAUAUCUGAGUAUCAAGGUACUGUCAUCACUGUUUCACAUGAUCGUUACUUUAUAAAACAGAUUGUGAAUAGAGUGGUGGAGGUGAAACAUGGGCAAUUGCAAGACUAUGCUGGUGAUUACAAUUAUUAUCUGAACAAGAAUCUUGAGGCUAGAGAAAGAGAACUAGAACGCGAGGCUGCUCUUGAAGAAAAAGCUCCAAAAAUAAAAGCCAAAUCUAAGAUGUCUAAGGAGGAGAAAGAAGCUAGAAAGAAGCAAAAGAUGAUGGCUUUUCAACAAGCAAAAGCAAAGUCUAAAGGAUCGAAGAAUGCAAAGCGCUGGAAGUGAUGUCAACAAAGGAAUGAAAAUGAUGUGCGGUGCUUGAACAACAAUAACGUAGCUGAUUCAUGCACACAAUACUAUCAACACUAUAAUCAAAAAGGUCACAUUUGUACAUAAUACAUACACCUCUCAGCAAUCGUAUACUUGCCGUGGGGCUCAUAUAGUUGUCCUAAAAUCACAGGUCGCCACCUUUCUUAUCUGAUUACUCCUUGUGCAUCGUUAGCUAUUACAAUAAAUGAAAAACUAGAGUUUUAGCUCAUCUGUUGUAAGCUGUACAUUGUAUUAACAUUCAUUGAGAUGCACCGGGCCUCCAGUUGCAUGGGCUUUAUAAACAUUAGUUAUAUGCUCCAUUUGAAGAGACAUCUGUCAUUUCUUGGAGCAUGAGUUGUGACUGCUCCUUUUGUGUACCAUUUCAUGUUGUACUGUAGUCGCCCACAAUGCACUUUGUAUAAAUUUUAUUCAGUUUAAGCAUAUUGAAUGAACAGUGCAGUUCACUGAUACUCUUUUCUGAGAAAAGAAAAAGAAGAGGCAUCGUAUGUUUAAGCGACUA